AUGGCUACCCUCGAAUCAUUGUCGAUCGAGUUAAUUUCCAUAGUGGUCCAGUAUCUGGGGUGUGGAGAUCGGGGCCGCUUCUGUCAAGUCGCAAAAUGGUGUUAUCAGCUGGCCCGGCCGGACUUCUACAGAGACGUCGAGCUACUCCAUCACCAAGUUCCCACCUUUCUUCGAAUCAUCAUCUCUUACCCAUAUCUGGCCAACUUAGUGAAAUCUAUACGGCUGUGUGAUUCCGAUCGAACGGAUCCAAUCGCCCCAAAAGACCUCGAUUUGUUUCGAAAACAUCUUGUGGGAACAGGUCCAUAUGCAGACUUCUUCUGGGCCAACACUAUUGUCGAUCCAAACAAGCUUCGCGGGAUGCUUAUCGAAACCAUGCUGUCCAAGCUCGUCAGUCUCGAAGAAUUCUUCAUCAACGACACUAUCCCAGACUUUGUGCUCCUGGCUUCUCCUGGUUCGGGCUUCACGCUGCCUCCUUCGCUCAAAACUGUCUUCAAAGGUGGUGGAUGUCAAGUUGCGAUCCUUCCGCCCCGUCCGAGGGAUCCCUGA